GCUCAUUUCUACUUCGGGCCAGCCUCGACACCGGGGCCCCGAUUCUGGGACCCGCGUCGUGGUCGCGAGAGGCAGGCGAGUCUCUCCUGAACGAGGAAGGGUUCUGGCGCCAGCACGCAUGCGUUGAAGAGGCGGGGAGCGAGGAGACUCUCCGCUCCGAUUGUUCAAUACGCGUUUUUUCCUGGGAGCUGCUUUCUGAUUGGGCCUCUCCCGCGGAGUGCGUGGAGCCCUCGAAUGCGAUAAACACCGGGCCCGAGUACACGCAGUUGCUUCGGCGGGUUCUCGCGGCUGGUCACGCUGACUUUCGGGUCGAGGGGCCCUGGCAGCUGCUCCGUGUCAGACGUUCGCCAACUCCGGGCUCCGGCCCCCGACGCUGGAUGCCGGUGCCCCUUGACGCGAGCGCGGACCGCGUCUUCUUGUCACCGUAGUCGUCCACUUGCCCGAACACAUACCGCACGCAGUCGUCCCUCCGUGGACUCAGCGGCCGGUCGACAGAGGGAGCCACGUUCCCCGGAAGAAUUUCUCUCUUUGACUCCCGCUGCGUAGGGCGCGUGCCCCAGAGAGUCGCCGUGGCGGAAGUGGCGCCAGCCGGCGGGAUGACUCGCGUGGGCAACCAGACCAACAGCACGGACCCGGCGGCCGUCAAUUCGCGCAUCUUCGUGGGCAACCUGAACACGCACGUGGUCUCCAAGGAAGACGUGGAGCGCCUCUUCAAGCGCUACGGCCGCAUCAUCGGCAUCUCCAUGCACAAGGGCUACGCCUUCGUCCAGUACACGGACACGUAUGACGCCCGCAACGCGGUGCUCGGCGAGGACGGCCGCACCAUUGCGGGCCAGAUUCUCGCUCUCUCACACGUUAACAUGGUUUCUGAGCCCAAGCCUCAUCAAGUAAACCGCAAAAGACAGAACCUCGCUCCGGAUCCGUUCGCCACCCCACGCCAGAUGGGCUCUCCCGUGAAGAGGGCGAGAACCGAGCCCCUGAGCUUCCGGCCGGCCACCGUGGUUGGAAACAAGGCUGUCGCCAAGAAAAAGCUGCAGACCUACGCGGAGCCCGACAUCCUCAUCUGCGGCAAUUGCCGUGAAGUGUUCCCCGGACUCCAGAAGCUGCUGGAGCACAAGCGGCACCGCUGCAGGCUCCGCUUUACCUGCCGUUGCCAGGUCGUCGGCCUGCUGCCCAUUGAAUCGUCUCCUGGGAUUCCAUCGCCUGUAUGCGCACAAUGUCUUGCACGAUGCACCACCUGGUGGGAGCUUGCCUGUCACCUAGAGGCAGCCCACGGAAUGUCCGUGUACCAUCACACCUUAGAUACAGCAGCCAACUUGGAGGACCAGGACCCCAAAAGCGCACAGACCGACCACCAGAUGGAGUCGCCCAGCAACGACGUGACGUGCGAGGAAGGCGCCAGCGUGGCCUCUGAUUCCCGGAGCGAGGACUGGGCCAGCCUCGUCACCGAAUGCACCAACCACAACUCCAACGGCACGCACUCGGUCACGGACUUUCUGGACGAGGGCCUCGACAGGAAUCGGCUUGAGUCGCCACCGGUUUCCAGUCUGGACACCGUCGAGAAGGGCGUCGACACCACCGACCUCCAGCCCAGCAUCAUCGUGGAGCAACCCUAAAGAGAAACACCCAGAACUUUUCCAACAUUACACGUAUACAACCACCCGUAGGCGUGAGUGGAGUCAGGGUGGUUUGCAACGCCAAAAUUCUUUGUUUCCUCCAUGUAGUGUGAUUACUGUUGGUCUCCCACUUGCGUAUGCAUAAGCACGGGGCAUUCGUGCGCCGGAUGAGCACUGUCAAAGCACUGUAGCGUGCCCGGACAUGCCGAGAGUGCCUUUGUACCGGCUAGUCAAGGCUUUGACUUCACGUUACACGGAGCCGUGCGUUCCAGCUCAACGUUUGCCAGCACUUGCACUGGGUGAACCGCGCUCCUGUAACCGGCGUAUGUGAAGCGUUUUUUUCUCUCCGACUUGUUUGCACAGAGCAUACCGGAGGCACUUCCUGAGACAUCCUUCGUUCGCCACCUUCAUCUUCCCUGUUUCCUUUUGGUAGAUGAUCGCAGACAAGAGUCGAGAGCUCCGCAUAAGCUUCAAUAAACCUUUCCUGACAGACUCCGUUUACCAGGCACCACUAGUCAAAUAUACAACAAAGUUCUGGGACGCCACUAAACCUCGCAUUUACUUUUGUUUAUUUUUUGCGUGUGCCAGAAGCGUUUUUGGGAAAUAAAGACUUAACUCCAUUACCUCAUCUUCAAAAUAUUGUCUUUAUAUUAAGUAAGUGACGGUAACACUUGGAAACGGGAGAUGUCUAGCCUCCGUUUCUUCACGGUGGCCAUAUUCAGGAAAUUAUGUCGACAUCGAUUGAAUUCACUUUUUUGACCUUUAGAGUUUUCUUUCCCGCUUCCAGUUUUCGGAUCUAUAUUUGAAUUAGGAUGGCGUAGCCUUAAGACAUGUUACACACGCACGCCCGAGAUACUUAUAUGACGUCAAGCAACCAAGUUUCAUGUACUUCAUCUUAUCAAACUGUGUAAGUGCAACCAAAUUAUUGAGUGAAAUAGACGACAUCUAAUAUUUUUUGUUA